UACUGAACACAGCUUAACUUCAGGCAUUUCUAAACAGUCAAUCAACGUUGAGCACAACCUCUCAACAUUUUUCAAAUACUCAGCCUUUUUCUCAUCUCUGAUUGGCUAGGAGAACACGAGUAUUUGACUGGGUUGAAAUUCGCAAACGAUCGUGAUGUGAAAGAGACUCUAUCUUUGCGUAAGUCAGUCCGAAAGUUAAUUUUACGAUUUCAGUGAUUAUUCCAAUGCCGCCAACAGUAUAAAAGAUGGAAGUGUAAGUUAAAUCUCUACCUUAGAAGACAAUUUAGACUAAGACGAAGUGAACCGACACAAAAGGAAGAUUAAAAUCUGCAAAGACCGAUGAAGGUUGAAAUUUUACAGCUGGCUUCUGGUUACAGUCCUCGCAAAGUUAUGUGGGCUUUUGAAUGCAAUUUUACACCUUUUUCUCCAAAAAAAAAAAUACUACGAAGAGAGGAACUCCAGCAUCUCUGCCUUUGCCAAAUCGUCAUUACCACCGUAUCUAUCACCAUCUAGAAUGGCGGGAAGCGUCAAACUCAAUUUCUUUGCCGAUGAAUGAGAGGGGAAGACUUUUCCACCGGCUUCAAUGGAUCUACGAGUAGCUGAGUAUGAAAACAUCAAUUCCACGUGUGAUGAAUCCAUUUUUUUAUCGAAGAAGUGACAGCUUUGCGUAGUUAUCACAAAGGUUCACAUUUUUUGCCUGCACACUUGUUUGCCUCCUUUGGGUUGCGGAAAACAGUUGUAAUCCAUUUUGCGUUCACAUUUCUCAUUUUUUGCCUCAUAUUUUUGUGUUGGCUAGUUUUCGAAGGUGAAACAAAUUUCAGAAUUUUCAGCGUUAUAAAAUUUGGACACAUUGUUUAUCAAAUUCCUUCUAGCUUAUCGCGCACGAGCUAUCGAAGGUUUGCUCGCUCUGUAUGACGAAAAACUCGUAAGAGAUGGUUUCCAUGGAUUCUCGCUCAAAACAAAAUCAUGUCUAAGCUAUCGGUGCGAUCAGUAUCGAAACUCGGAGCUUUGAAAAUUUGCAUUAUUUUACGGACUGAUUUGAGAAACAACUACUUAAAACAAACCAAAAAAAACAAAGCGAACUUUACGUUAGUAAGGAUUGUCAUCGAGCGAGAAUAAACCGCGGGUGAGACGCGAUGGCUUCGUGGCUUCACCCUGAAAAGAAACGCAACCAAAAUCUCAAUCCUUCUCUGCAUCGGAAAUCAAGAAUACCGGUCAGAAUGACUCGCCCGAGCAGAGAGAGUGACAGAAGAUUUUCGUCAAAGCACGAGGCCGAUAGCAAAGCGCGGCUGCAGAGAAAUUCAGUCAACAAACCUCAAAACAAGCGAUCAUCGCGGAAUCCGAUUGUGGUGCGCGAGAAGAAGACCAAAGUUGAUACUAAAGUUGGUCCAGCUAAGAUUGUCAAAAUAACUGGAGUAGGAAAACCUCUUAGAAGAGAUUCAGGUACUAACCUGCGAGAAACUCAAAGAAAACAGGACAAGAAGGAAGCAAGCGCCAUUCCUUCAACUACAGCUAUUUGUGGCAGUUUAAGGUGCGCUCAGAAAACGACGCCAAAUGUCAAGCGACGUAUAUCACGACAGCGUACACCCAUAGACACAGAGUCGAAACAGGUCUGCAAAGAUGGGAAAGAUCCCCGCGUCAUUACUGAGGAACUUCAAAUGUACCGAAGGACGAUAGAAACUUUGCAGGCUGACCUGGAUGAGAGCAAAGUUGAUAUAAAGCGACUGCAGCUUAAGGAAGAAUACCAAGAAAGAGAGCUGGCGAAUUUAAAAUGUGAUUUUAAGAGAAAGGAGCGAAAAUGGGACGAAGGAAAUAAACUCGUGGAAAAGGUUAUGGCGGACAUAAACGAACUAUGGGAUGAUGUUGAUUACUUGGAAGAAAGAUUGAAGCACAGUCAAGAAAGCAAUGAAGAUCUGACGUUUGAGACUGAUGAGCUGAAGAUAACGAUACAGGAAAUGAAGAAGGAGUAUAGGGUGGAACACAGUCGCGGUGGAUGCGGACAUCUACGCGAAGAAGUAGAGUUACUAAAUGGAUCCCUGGAGUUGAAUGAACAGCGAGUAGCUCUGUUAGAGAGCCAAGUUGACGCGUUUAAAGCAGAAAGAAAAGAGUUAUUGGAGGAUGUUGACUACUUGGAGGAAAGAUUAAAGAACAGUCAAGAAAGCAAUGAAGAUCUGACGUUUGAGGUUGAUGAGCUGAAGAUAACGAUACAGGAAAUGAAGGAGUAUGGAAUGGAACACAGUCGCGGUGGAUGCGGACAUCUGCGCGAGAAAGUAGAGUUACUAAAUGGAUCCCUGGCGUUGAAUGAACAGCGAGUAGUUGUGUUGGAGAGACAGUUGCAUGAGUUGAAAUGUGAAACUUCAAAGACAAUCAGCGAACUUAAUGAUGAAAUUGCUAAGUUACAAAAAGAAAAGUCCACAUCGUUCUUGGAACUAUCAAAGGAAUUGGAAGAAGAUAAAAAUGUAAUCGAGGAGAUAAGGCAAGAAAGAUGUGACAAGGACCACCUCGAACUACAGUCUGAAAGAAUAAGAGAACUUGAGACUCAAAUACAAAGAAUGGAGGACAUAAAGAGAAACGCAAUUCACUUAGUUGAUGCCUUGGUGCUUGAAGCAAGACAAGAAAGGUCAGAAUCUGAAAUUGCCAAGCUGACAAGAGAAAAGGAUAGGGAGUUCAAGAUCGACUUAUUGCUCAAUGGACUCCAAAACAUUUUUUCUGAGUCAUCCCGUGAGGAAAACACCUUUAGCACCCUGGAAACCAGGAAGGAAAAAGCAGCUUUAUACCAAAUGAUGUUUUUGGAAGAUGAGAGUAAUGUGGCAGCUAGUGGUCAGGGAGACACCAAGAAUAAAUGGGUGAAUACCUCUGGGAUGGAGAAACGUUUUGAAACAAGGGGAAACCGCGCCAGUGAUAUCGCUGAGGUUCACCAUACAAUGCGGAAACUUUCAGCACACGGAUCGUCUAAGAAAAUCUCGAUCCUUCUCUGCAAAGGUUAAAGUUUUGCAGGAGAACUAUCGAUGCGACAUAUUGGAAAAGUGAUUAAAUAAGAUAUUUAUAUCAUUGAAAAUUGUGCGUGCAAUUGAAAUAAUAUUGAAUUUAAUUUUGUUUUAGCGAGAAUAUGCUUUC